AUGCUGGUUUGGCGGUCAAGACCGAUCUGCCGAGCAUUGCACAUUUACGCACCGCAGCGGGCAGUUUUAGACAAGCUGUUUAAAAAGGAUGGUCCGAAAUGGAACAAGGGCGGGUCUGAAGUACCGGUAAAGGUUCUGCAGGCGGCACAAACGCUGCGAGGCUCGCUAGUUGACAAGGACGAAGGAACGAUAAAAUCCAACCUCCUCGACCUAGUGGAGAAAUCACCGACCGACAUGCCUGCUCAUUUAAUGCGAUUAAUCGAGCAGUCGUUUGAGAAAGCAGGAAAGUCCAUGACUGGCGCCCAGCAGCAGCAACUGUUCAGGAGUAUCGUCGGCACAGAUCAGGGCGGUAACGUGACUACCAGAAUAUAUAUGGAGAUCUACCAGCACUCAAGUUUAUCUCCGUGCGACAAGCUUGUGAACGGGCGGCUUUUUUUCCGUGCACUGCGCAAGAAGGGGCUCGUGGACGAGUCGCGAAAACUCGCCGCUGCCUUGCUGCAGAAUAACGCUUCCGUUGAUGAGGCGCUCAUCAAGUUACUACUUGAAGAUAUCCGCGACAUAGAGCCGGACUCUAUGUCUGUUUGCACUGUUUUGGUUUCGCCCAAGCAGCUUUUUGACGGUGCUUUGCAAGAGGGCUUGAUAGUGCUUGCUGAAAGCGACUGGCCGGGCCGAGAAAGUGCUGCUGAACAGAUAGUGAACCAUGCCCUUUUCGAGAAUCCGCAUUACAAAGUGUCUCAAGAAUCCCUGGUUAUUAUUUUGGACACGCUCAUGUCGUUUGGACUCCAGCAUAUUGGCCGCCGAGCGUUGCAAUACGCUUUGCAGCGGUCGCCCGAAAAUCUCGAGAACUUGGAGCUGUUAUUGCUGAGCUGUAUUUAUUUUGAAGACAGUAAACAGAUCGGAGACGCGCUGGUGAGCAAAAUCAUGCAGUUUUCCGAGCAAAAUCUUGUCAAAGACACCUGGGACGCUUUGGCGCAGUGGACUGUCUAUUGCUCUGGAGACUUACAAUUGUUGAAAGACCUGAUUGAAAAAUACCAGGCGUCAAGCUACUCUCCAGAUAGCGACACUAUGCAUAGCGUUGUCUUGGUUGCUAGUGAGCAUGCUAAGCGCAGCGAGUUGGAUGUGAGCUCCAUUGUUGGCUACUUUAACAAUGAUAUGGGUAUUGAGAGUGAUGCGGCAACUAUCGCGGUCCUGAUCAAACGUGCUCUUCGCUCGUUUGAGGUCGAAAAGGCCCGAAACCUCUUUGCAAAUAAUCAGCACGCCGAUUGGAACAUGGACAGUAGCAAGUACCUUCCGGUUUUGUUUGAGCUGGUUAUUGCGCUUUGCAAAUCGCCAUUCAUUGACCGGGAGGUCGUGUUUGAUGUUUACCAACGUGUGCGGGUAUUUUCGCAGCAAAUUUCGUAUCCCGCGCAGGUCGAGCUUUUGAAAAUGUUUUUCGAACGUAAUAACCAAUACGACAUUGGGAUGUUCUUGGCUGAGCAAUUUGGUGAGACCCCUUCGCUUUCUGCGCAUGAGUACAAGGAAAUCUACCACGCAUUUGUAGAUAAAAUCCUUGCCUGCACGGACUAUAAAGAAGCCUGGGGUCUCUAUGGCAUUUUGAACUGUACAAUUGCUCUUCCCUACGAGUCGUAUUAUCCGAUUCAAGUAAAGUUUUGCCAGUUGGGGCGGCCAGACGCUGCCCACCUAAUGUUUAGGCAUCUUCGGAAUCGAGCCAAGAAAGAGGGGAUUCGGCCACCGGGUCGUGAAAUGUAUUUGAUGCUAUUUGCAGAGUAUGGCCGCUGGCUAUACGAGGAGGGCGUUAAAGAGCUCGAGACGUACUUUCGCAUGGAUCUCAACAACGAUCUGGACAUUGAAUUGAUGAAUACCAUGCUGCUGGCCUAUGCGAACCUACAAGAGUCUCCCAAAGUGAGUGAUCUGUGGUUUGAGACCCUGAGCUUCCCGCUAGGCAAAGGGGCCAACAAUUAUUCGGUCACUAUCAUGUUAAAGUAUCUCACCCAGGUCUCGUUGGAGGCAGUCGAUGAUUUGUGGGUCGAGUUUCCUGAAAGGUUUGGAAUCACUCCUGACGAGUCCAACCUGCGCCAGUACAUUGUUGCCAAUUGCUAUCACGGCUACUAUACUAGAGCCUUUGAGGUGCUUAAAGCUGCACCAGAGACCUAUGGCAUAUCUAUCAGUGAAUCAUUGAUUGAAUCACUCUACAACUGGACGUUGAUUGACACUCGCAAAGCGCUAAUUGAACGAUGGGCUCUGGAGACCCACAAGGACAAGUGGCUGGCCCUCAAGUCUCAAAACAAACUCAAAACGCUGCUGCUCCCAGAGAAUUCCAACAAUGACAGCGCUGAAAGUCUCCGAGCUCAAGCAAUCCAAGAACUUGAAGCUUCCAGUAAACUGGUCAAGGCUGCACACCGUACAUACGAUGAAGAUUAG